AUGUUUUAUGUCAACUUCAUGAUCGAUCAAUUUUCCUACCUGAAUAUCACAAGUAUUGGACGGAAUCUUAUUCAAGACGAAAACGAUUGUGGCUACGCCUGUCUAGAAAUUCCAUCCUGUUUUUCGUACAACGUGGCUGCCUUCCCUGACGUCAACGGCAAACUUCUGUGCGAACUCCUGUCAUCGGACAAGUAUAACAACUCAGACAAGUUCAACGCCAGCAAAGAGUUUCAUCACUUCUUUAUUCCGGUGAGUCAAACGUCUAAAUGAUGAAAAGUGUUUCGUUCUAUAACCCUUUUGCUGCCAAAUGUGGCAAAAGGCGACAAGAAUUUCCAAAUUUUGUUUUGUAAAAUGCUGAAAAUACGAAUAGCACCGUGUGAAAGUAAAGGCAGGGAGGUUUUAUUUGAAUGGUAACUUCACAGAAUUUUGUCCGCAGGUUACAAAACUCCAUCAUUCCCUCUGACAGUGAGAGAGUUUUAAGAAUAAAUGCUCAAUAAUCCUCUCCCCUUAUCGGGCUUUUCAUGCAGGGUUAAUGAAACAAAUGCUAAUUCAAAGGAAACGUAACAUGGUUAAGAAUCCCAACUGGUAGGAGGCGAACCAUUUGGCUACUUAAAAAAAAAUUGGGUUAAGCAUUUAAACACUGGACUAACGAGAACAAUCAAGCAAGUGGACAGAGUGCAUGGUACUUGAACUCGGGGCCUCCCCAUUACAUGUCCAGUUUAACCAUCCAACCACGCUGCCUUCUCCGUUUCAUGGGAACACUGUGUAGAUAUUGUUCUAAUUUCUCUCCAUAGCUACAAUGUUAUGGGCUUUGGAUGAUCGAAUUCUGGAAGGGGGGAGGCACUCAGAAUUCUCUUUACUUCCAAUACGAAAGAAAAAAACAAAACAAAACAAAACAAGAGAGUGAGUUCUCUGGAACUAUAUGUAUCUAAAAGACACCUUAGUUAUUUCUAUUUGUAAAAUUAACGCUAGUGAAAUGUUACACCUGCGAACUGCCAGCUUCCAAUGCCCAGUCAUGCUUCUUCAGUUCGUUAAACAGAAAUUUGGAUGAUCCGAUUAAGUUUAUGAGGCAGACUGGUUCAAACUUAAUCUCUCCACUGAAAUACAGUUUUCUCCAUUAAAAAGCGUUCGAUAGUUCGCUUAAACACAUUUGGUUAAAUCAUGGAUUAUUAUUAUUAUUAUUACUAUUAUUAUUAUUAUUAUUAUUAUAUUUUAUUUUCAGUAACAACAUAUUUUGAAGAAUCAGUAUAGAGUCUGAAAUUUGCGAAAUUUUGCUUUAAGAAAUAAACCCAAAGCUGAAAUUUUGAAAAAGAUAUAGUUUUGUGUGUUAAAAACUCUGUUAACAAGACACAAUUAUGUUUUAACGGCAUAAGCUAUAAUUUAAGAUAUUUUCCGCCUAAAAUCGGAAAAAAAUGUAUUCAGCCUGGGCUGGAAAAACGACAUUUUAUUUAAAUAAAAAAUGACACCCUCCUAAUGUUGGCGAUGCCCUCGACACUAAGACUUUCCCUUUAUGCUACUCUGGGCCCGGUUGCAUAAAACGUCCGUAACAACUACGGGUAUACGUACAUGCACUCUAACUUAAGUCAGUUGCAUGAANUUCAAACUUAAUCUCUCCACUGAAAUACAGUUUUCUCCAUUAAAAAGCGUUCGAUAGUUCGCUUAAACACAUUUGGUUAAAUCAUGGAUUAUUAUUAUUAUUAUUACUAUUAUUAUUAUUAUUAUUAUUAUAUUUUAUUUUCAGUAACAACAUAUUUUGAAGAAUCAGUAUAGAGUCUGAAAUUUGCGAAAUUUUGCUUUAAGAAAUAAACCCAAAGCUGAAAUUUUGAAAAAGAUAUAGUUUUGUGUGUUAAAAACUCUGUUAACAAGACACAAUUAUGUUUUAACGGCAUAAGCUAUAAUUUAAGAUAUUUUCCGCCUAAAAUCGGAAAAAAAUGUAUUCAGCCUGGGCUGGAAAAACGACAUUUUAUUUAAAUAAAAAAUGACACCCUCCUAAUGUUGGCGAUGCCCUCGACACUAAGACUUUCCCUUUAUGCUACUCUGGGCCAGGUUGCAUAAAACGUCCGUAACAACUACGGGUAUACGUACAUGCACUCUAACUUAAGUCAGUUGCAUGAAAUCACUUAAGUGCUCCACUUAGGAAGUUCACUUAAGUGGGUGCCCUUACGAUUUGCAUAAGUGUUCACUUAAGUGUCGUUUAUGCAACAGAAAUUGCGGGUGUUGCAUAAAACGUUUUUUACGGGAAAAAUAGCACGUAAAUUUACGGGACCCAUGUAGAUCCCGUAUCGUUACUGUUUUUACUUAAGUUGACGAGAUCUUUUACUGAGAAGUGACAUAAACGACAUUAACUUGACUGGGAAAAUUUUAGUGUAUUAGAUAGAUGGUCGCUUAUUGGAGGUGGUCGCUUACGAGAGGUGAUGGCGCAUGGAGGCUUGAUUGUUUGAUAUUUUCGAUUGUGAAGUAAAAGUUAGUCUUGAAUCUUGCCUCCAUUUCUACAUAUAAAACCUUCAGUUGUUUAUAAACCAUGUAAAAUCUCUACACGGAAGUUGAAUAAAUCCAGCUGGACAUGUAAAUGAGAUCCUUGCUAAGUGAUGUAAAACAUGUUGUUUGUUGUUCUUAAUGGAGGAUAUGUCAUUACGGCUGCAUCGACACGAUCGUCGAAUAUAUUUGUAGUUAGCUGAUGUCUGAUAAAAAUUCCAGGAAUUUGUAUUUCAAAACCUUGUAGAUUAACAGCUAGAAGACUGAAUUCAAUUCAGAGUUAUUAACCUCUUCUAAAAAACAAUCAGUGAAAUCAGAUGCUCUUGUUUGCGUUAGCUACAUUAACUAAGACCUGGGCCCGGUUGCAUAAAACCUGCACUUAAGUGCUCACUUAAGUAGGUCACUUACGAAUCCGUUAUGGGUACACUUACGGGUGUUGCAUGGAACACACUUAGCACUCUCGUAAGUUACUGUUUUACGUGGUAACUGCCAAUCGCAGGAUGUUGUUAUGGCAACGCAAACUAAAAACCACAAUCGCCACGAGUAAUUAUGAAACCUCUUGUAUUUCGUCGUUUUUAUAGCAGUUUUCCUUAGAAAUGAACCCUAUUUCUAUCACUGAAACUUUCCGACUUUAUUUUAUUAUUAUUUUUUAAGCUCUGCUAUCUUUCACUAGCAAACCGACGCCGUACUACAAUCUGUAAAGCCAUGAGCAUUAAAUUUUAACAGUUUGAAUAGGUGACCACUUUCGCAAGAACCAAUACACAAAACGAUUACCUAGAAAUAUACAAUACUUGGUCUUUAAAUGAAUUCUCUAGGUUAAUUCAGUAACGAAAUGUUUAGCGAUUAUUCUAGAGGGAAUUUGUAUCGUGGAUAGUAGCGCUUUUAAAAAUGAUUAAUCCUUAAACCUAGACUAGAACCAAAUAAAGGUUUGUACAAAUGGUGACGUUUAGGCGCAGUAGUAAGGGCGCUGGGCCCGGUUGCAUAAAACGCCCGUAACAACUACGGGUACGCGUACGCGUACGUGCACUCGUAACUUAAGUCAGUUGCAUUAAAUUACUUAAGUUGUCCACUUAGGGAGUUCACUUAAGUGGUUGCACUUACGAUUUUUGUAAGUGUUCACUUAAGUGUCGUUUAUACAACAGAAAUUGCGGGUGUUGCAUAAAACCUUUUUAACGGGAAAAAUAGCACGUAAAUUUACGGGAACAAUUUACUGUUUUUAUUAAACUUAACGAGAUCUUUUACUGAGAAGUGAAAAAGAGUAUUUGUCUUCACGUUAUUCGUUCUAAUGCGCUUUGUUAACCUCUGAUGUACACUUUAAAGCCGACGUUGUGAAAAAAGAAGAACUAUCAUUUUCAGUAGAUAUUGAAGAAAAAUAACGUCUGGAUGCAAAUUUCAUUUUUUUGAGAGGCUCAAAAGUGUUCGAAACGACUUAAAACUUUCUUUACACUCACCGAUGGUUAGCUUAAAAAAAAAGAAAAAGAGUGAUGGGUACACUUACGGGUGUUGCAUGGAACGCACUUAGCACUCUCGCAAGUUUCUGUUUUACGUGGUAACUUACGGGCUCACUUAAGGGGACACGUAACCUUGAUAUAGUACUUUAUUAAUGAUUCACUCUUUUUUUUUAAAGCUAACCAUCGGUGAGUGUAAAGAAAGUUAAAAGUCGUUUCGAACACUCUUAAGCCUCUCAAAUAAUGAAAUUUGCAUGCAAACGUUAUUUUUCUUCAAUAUCUACUGAAAAUGAUAGUUCUUCUUCUUUUUUCACAAAAGUGUACAUCAGAGGUUAACAAAGCGCAUUAGAACGAAUUAGGUGAAGACUUUUUUUCACUUCUCAGUAAAAGAUCUCGCUAAAUUUUGUAAAAGCAGUAACGAUACGGGACGUACAUAGGUCCCUUAAAUUUACGUGCUAUUUUUCCCGUAAAAAAAGUUUUAUGCAACACCCGCAGCUUCUAUUCUAUAAACGACACUUAAGUGAACACUUACGAAAAUCGUAAGUGCAACCACUUAAGUGAAUUCCCUAAGUGGACCACUUAAGUGAUUUCAUGCAACUGACUUAAGUUACGAGUGCACGUACGUGUACCCGUAGUUGUUACGGACGUUUUAUGCAACCGGGCCCUGGACCACAUUUCCUAGUCGUUCCAUGUAAGGGAGUCUGGAUUCCGAAAUCCGGGAAAUUUUUGCUUGUGGAAUCCGGACUCCAGGAAAAAUUUGCUUGUGGAAUCUGGAAUCCUGGGCUUUGGAAUCGGGAAUACCGCUCGAGAAAUAUGAAAUCCCACUAACGAUUGGAAUCCGGAAUCGAAGUUCCACCGGCAAAGACUGGAACCCAGUACCUGGAAUCCGGAAUCCAAGGCGUGGAUUCCAGAAUCCACGACUGUCUUGGAUUCCCUAGCCUGCGUCGCAGACGUAAUUUAACCCCGGUUAGUAAUGUCUGCAAAGCAGACAUUAUUCCAAAUCCUUAUUCUGGGCCCCCAAUGGACUCAACGAAUUACCGGAUAUGCCUUUGGAAUUUCCUUUCAAUCUGAUUGGCAAAUAUACAAUGGCCUUUUUUAACAGGCUAAUAUAUCAUGGCGCGUACUCAAAUCCUGGUACACAGGUUGAGGCCUAACUAGAACUGUUUAGCAGACGGACUUAGCCAAAGUUUAGUUUUGACUGUGGCGCAGGCAAAGAUUCCCUUACAUAGGGCGAUCCUAGCCUGUGUAACAGGCGGUAAUUUUGGUUUAUUUUUCCUUGCGUUUCGUAAAGUAAGAUCUCAAACGAGAAAAUGAAGGGGGCCAGAAAAAGAAGGCAAAGAAAACAUCGUUUUCUUGUGUGACUUCUGAUUUGCUUUUACGCUGCGUAAGUCCAGUAAAUGCUACUAAACUUAACUCUCGGACGUACGCGCAAAUUCAUACCCCCACCGUGGUACAACGGGGGGGGGGGAAGAGUUUUUGAUAUGUUGCAGUAUUUCGAAACGAUUUUACCUUUAAUGGAAAGCCUUUGAUCUUCUUAACAAGAUAAGGUAUAUUUUAUGGGUGGUGGCGCUACUGGAGGCCCGUGACGUCACCAACAAUGGUCGCAUAUUGUAUUUUACCAAGAAUUAGAAAUCAGGUUAAAACAGCGAGAAGUAGUAGUUUUUUGUGCUUUACAUGAAAAAUAACACAUAAAUAAGCACUUUGCUUCAUUUUGGCCACAAGAUUUACUUUUAUUGUUGAAAUAAGUUAAAAAACAUGUAUUCUCACCUAAAAAUGGCUUGACCACCUUCUACUAAUGACGUAAUAUCUCGUAACCAUAGCAACUGACCAUCACUGAACCUGUCUCAAAAUGUACGCGAGGGAUGAAUGAACAGCUACUGAAAACGUCAGGUCCUGAUGUUUUAUCCUCUAGAAAGAAAUUCAAAAAAAACUUACGGGGGGCAUCCACCCCCCCGCCCUCUCCCUUGUACGUCCGAGGGUUAACUUUGGGCUCAACUUGGUCAAUGAAAGUCGAUUGCUGAAUUUCCGUCUAUUUUUUUUAAGGGGGAUGGGCCAUUAACCCCAUGACCUAGCUCCUGGAGGGCCAGGCGCGGCAAUUUGUCUCGCCUAUUUUCACCUAAAAGCUACCCAGCAUGGUUGAACCCACCAGGAACCAAAUUACAAGGUCCCCACUAGUAUUAUCAAGGCACACAAAUCUCCCGACCACGUUUGUUUUGCGUUGCGUUAAUUGAUACUUUGACUUUGCCAUUCAAUGGUCGUUACUAAGAGCUAUAUGCUUUCCUCUGUGUAGUCUUCGUGCGACAAUUCACCCUGUAAGAGUUCUGGUAAAUGUGUUCCCCGGUACCAGGAAAAUGGAUAUAAGUGCAUCUGCGUGAAGGGAUUCACCGGAAAAAACUGCGAAACGAGUAAGAAUUACUAUUAG